AUGCCUGUAUUCACAAGUAGAGGGGAAAAAAUAUUUUAUCCAACGAUAUCCAAUUACCCUCAAAAUCAAGCUUCUUUACCCGCUUACGUAUCACCCGCGACAACGAUUUCAAACGUUCGACUCGCUCGAAGAAAUGCAUUACCAAAUUUAAUGUUAAAUAGUAGGAAUCAGAUAACGCAACAAAACAUGCUUUCAUACGUCAACAGAAGGCGAAAUGCUCUCCUACCGGAAUCGAUAGGAUAUUUACCGGAUGCGGAAGUGAUGAUUUUAAACAAAUCGACGAUAUUCAUAUAUAUCGCUUUAUUAAAAUUAUUUGUCGAAAUGAAGGCAUCUUUAAACACGUUUGAGGUCAUUCUUCAACAAGCUUUUGGAAGGGAAUCACUGGCCAAUAUCUGUGAAUUAUUCUUGAAUAAUUCAAAACUUUUUUUCAAAACCGAGGAUUUAAAGAUUAAUUUCAAUUACAUAUUAUCAGAUAUUAUACAAAUGCCAAAUCUAUCAAAAAUCAGGCAAUUUUUUACCUAUUUACCAUAUUUUUGCACUUCCAUCAAAUAUUUAACUUUACAACUCAUAACGGUUGACGAUAAAUACCUCGCAGCGGAUAUCGCACAUUUAAUUAAAUCACAAACUCUUUUAUCUAAAAUUUCAUUCAAACAAAUUAAUAUGGAAAUAUUUAAACUUAAUAAUCCGAUAUCACAUUAUUUCGUUCAAAAAUUUGGGAAAACGAUACGAAAUUUGGUUUUGUCACUUAACGGGUUUAGAUCCAAUGAUAUACCUGAAGCGAUCUUGGAUUUUUGUGAAAGGAUUGAUUUCCUACAUUUGGCCAACAUUUCACAUAAAAAUAUUUCUUCCGUUUUACAAGUCGUAAAAUUUCUCAGUAAAUCCCUUAGAUAUCUAACUUUGGAGGUUACAAAAUGCAAUUGGAUAUAUGCCGGAUGUGAUGAGAAUAAAAAAGAUUCUCUAGAUAUUAAUUCGGAAUUAUUGAGAUCUUUAGGUGUUAUAUUACCAAAACAAUUGAUAUAUUUGAAUGUUUAUUUGAUCAUCAUUGAUCCUAAUGAUUUACGAGAAUUUUUAGAAAUGUGUAAGGAGAUUCAUUUCACGAAAUUGUUGAUUAGGACAAAAAAUCAAAAGGAUACCGAAGAAAUUUUAGAUAUCUUGACAGAAUUUGUAAAAGAAACAAAGUGUUUGAAAUAUUUGACGUACGAAAGUGAUGUUAUUGGCAUUUUCCCUGAUAUGUUGUAUUAUAAUAAUUAUUUGGAGAAAAAGUUCAAAGAGAUUGGAUCAAGUGUUAAAGUUAAAAGUUAUAAUGAACUCGUUGCAAAAUUAGAUUACAAUUGA